AUGGUUUGGUUGCUUUUUCUUUUUUCACUCAUUUCAUCCUCAACUGUUACAUGUCAGGAAUCAGUGGAGUUCUUAACGCUCUAUGACUCAACUCCAGAGGUCCUUAAAGAUUUACCUCAGAAUGGUCUUCCAGUGGCAGUACAAGUGGAAAAUCAGUACCUUAAGAAUGUUUCAAACAGUGUUCUAAUGGCUGAAACUUGGGUCCGGGCCCAUGUUUUAUCCCAUUAUCCAGCCACCAACAUAACCUCCAUUGUUAUUGGUCACGAUCUUUUGUGCAAAAAUGAUAAAGAAACUAAGUUGGUUCUGCCUGCCAUCAAGAAUAUUCACUAUUCACUCACCAGGUGGGGUUUGCAGAAUGAUAUUAAAGUCUCUUCCAUUUUUUCUUCCGACUGUUUGGACUCCAAAUCUGAAACUUACAGGGUUGAUUUGGCUGAAAAUCACAUUAAACCUUUACUCAAUAUUUUGCAAGAAAUUAACUCCCCCUAUUUGGUGAACCCUUCUUCAAAUCUGUACACCUUGUCUGAUGAAACCACGAGUCUCUUGAAAUCCCACUCAAAAUCCAUGAGAAAUCUUGGGAUUUAUCUGAACAAAAUGCAUGUGAUCAUUAGUAGCCCAAGAAAUGGGAAACCCACCAGCAGAAAACUCUCAUUCAUUGAUUACAGCAGUUUAAUGGAUUCACUUCCAGCAAUGCCUAAACAAGAAUCCCCAUUUCCUGCUCCAACUGGUUUUUCUGAAACAGAUUUUGCUGCAGGAAGCCCUUUACCUCCAUUAAUAGGAAAAGUGUCACCUCCACCAUUUACACUUCCUUUGGCUCCUUCACUGCCUCCAAUGUUCAACCCUAGUACUCCUCCUUUUGGACCCCAUUUGCCUCCAUGUAAUCCAUCCGGUGAUGCUGGUCCUGCUGCAGCACCGGUAGCAGCAGGGGUGCAAAAUGGGCUGUGGUGUGUGGCAAAGCCUAGUGUGCCACCAGAGACACUGCAGGAGGCACUGGACUACGCCUGUGGAGAGGGUGCUGCUGAUUGUGAAGCUAUUAGACCUCAUGGGCAUUGCUAUUUCCCCGAUACACUUGUGGCACAUGCCUCUUAUGCUUUCAAUAGUUAUUGGCAGAAGAACAAGAAAAUUGGUGGCUCUUGUGGCUUUGGAGGGACUGCUAUGCUCAUCAAUACUGAUCCCAGUUAUAAUCACUGUCGAUUCAUUCUUGCCUAG